AUGGCACUGACAGAGCCCGUAUACAAUGCCUCAACCCCUCGCGGUGGGGAUCCGACAAAGGUCAAUGUGAACGCCCAAUUUGAAGGAUUUGAAUGGAACUACGUCUAUAUUGUAUUCUGCGGCUUCAUCGUCUGGUUAAUCAUUCCGGGGAUUGGUCUCUUGUACAGCGGCCUUGCGCGAAGAAAGUCGGCAUUGACAUUGCUGUUCCAGUCGCUCAUGAUUGUCGCAGUAACUACGUUCCAAUGGAUCUUUUGGGGAUACUCGCUGGCCUAUGCGCGCGAUGCAGGCCCUUUCAUUGGAACAUUGACCAAUUUCGGAUUGAAGGGAGUGAUGGCUGCCCCGUCGCCAGGAUCAGCCGUUUUACCUGAGAUUGUGUUUGUGCUAUACCAGCUUCUUUUCUGCGCCUGCACGGUAAUGAUCGUCGUGGGAGGAGCGUUUGAGCGAGGGAAUAUGGUCCCAUCAUUGAUUUUCAGCUUCUGCUGGGCUACUGUUGUUUAUUGCCCGAUCGCCUGCUGGACCUGGAAUAGUAAUGGUUGGUUGUACAAUUUGCCUUCAUUGGAUUUUGCGGGCGGCGGGCCGGUCCAUAUUGCGUCGGGCUGGUCGGCGCUCGCAUACGCUUUUGUGUUGGGGAAACGCAAGCAUCUCGAUGAGCCCUCACAUGCGAAGCCUCACAACACUACCUUGGUCUUUCUUGGUACGACGUUGAUUUGGUUUGGGUGGUUUGGCUUCAAUGGCGGUUCCGCGCUCAAUGCCAGCGUGAGAGCUAUGCUAGCAGCAUUCAAUACGAACACUGCCGCGUGCACGGGCAUCCUGGGAUGGGUAUUGGUAGAUUGGAUAAAGACCCGCGGCAAAUUCUCGGUCGUGGGAGCGUGCGAGGGGGCCAUCGCGGGACUUGUUGGAAUUACACCGGCAGCCGGGUUCGUCUCCGUGUGGCUAGCCGCAUGCAUUGGGUUCAUUACAAGUGUUGUGUGUGCGUUGCUUCAAGAUGUCAACGACUGGUUGAAUAUUGAUGAAGGAAUGGAUGUGUUUAAGCUACAUGGUAUCGGUGGGAUGGUCGGGGCCUUUCUGACGGGUAUUUUUGCGUCGAGCUCGGUUGCUGCUCUGGAUGGUUCAACCGAGGCCAGUGGUGGUAUCGACGGCAACGGGAUGCAGGUUGGGAAGCAACUGGCGGAAAUUUGCGCCAUCAGUGUUUAUUCGUUCACCUUAUCAUGCAUCCUGCUCUACAUCCUGCAAUGGAUCCCGGGCAUGCAGCUGCGGGUUAAUGAGGAGGCGGAAUUGAUUGGACUGGACCAGGCGCAAUUUGUGGAUGAGCAGAUCGGCGAGCGUGCUAUUCUAGGUGAUCUCUUUGCGUCAUCGUCACCCGGCAAUGUUAGUGUGGUGAACGAGGUGCCUGGGGGUCUGAUCGGACCCAAGGAUUUCUAG